ACCUGUGUCGGGACGCCGGCGCCUGGCACGCUGUGGUCGUGGCCGGGGUGGGGACUACUCUUGGCGGCUGGUUGCCCCCGAGACAGUGCGGGCGGGCCGGGUCUGGCUACCCAAGUUUAUCCCCGCACCUUUUCUCCCAACACAGGCAGUCACUCCCUGUCCCCAGAAACCUCUAGAUUCGGUAUGCGCCACCGAGAAUCGCGGUACCCCGUACGAGUCAUAAGGGUCGUUUAACAGGGGGGCUAUCAGCCAGAGGAGAACACCCCUGAAGCAGAGGGACUCGCUUUCUCCGAUGGAGGCGACAACUGCGGGGUCGCGAAGCAGAGUCGCGAAGGGAAUGAGCAAGUCCAGAACAAAGUUUGUGUGAGGGAGCGAAGGCCGAGAGCGCGAGAGAUCCUGGCAGGGAAUUUGGGCUACGGAGAAGAGGACACCUCGAAUCCCUCCCUAUCCUUGAAGGUGUUUCACUUUAGGGGCCUCCGAGCUCCCUUGGCCGGUCGCCGGGGGCGAUGGAGCGGCGCCCGGGCUAGGGUCCCCGGCACGAUGCUCGUUUCUCGGCUGCGGAGGGUGAGGGGCAACUCUGGCGGGGGUUCCGGGCGCCUUUGGGGAUGCUCAUGUCCCGGGCAGCAUUUUGGGGUGUGGGGGAAGGAGCUGGAUCCCGACAGCGCUCAGUAGCCUGCCCUUAGAUCGGCACCUCUGACCACUCAACUCUGUGGCCGCCCGGGCCCAUGGUCCCCGGCUCCUUCCCCCGAGGCCUGCUUCUCGGUAGGACUGGGGCGCGGGGACGCGCAGAACUCAAGCAGAGAAGCGAAGGCACUCCCACUGCCUUCACCCGGCUUUUGGGAAAGGGGACGCCUGACGAAGGGGGAUGGGGGAGACCUGUUAAGAACUGGGGAGAACUGAGACCGAUGAAGAAAAUUGUUUACAAAAUGCGUCCCCACCCCGUACUUUAUCAAGCUUGAAGCCUUACCCAGAGCCUCUGCGAUUUCUCAGUCCGCUGAGAAGAGCCCCUGAACCCCGAUUUCCGUCCACAAGCGAAACCGGGGACGCGAGGUAAACCGAGGUGAAAUUACUAAGGCCGCUGCAACAACGCCGAAUAUUUUUCCGGGUUUUCUCAGCUGGUUUCUUCUGCUUCUCGCCCCCCCACCCAUCUUUGCUAAAGUUUCUGAUGAGACCUUAUGCACCGUAAUACUGUUAAAGUGAAUAGUUUGCAUAGAAAGAAGCAAACGGGAGGAGAAGAAUGUUUUUUAUAUUUUAUUUUUUGUAAAUUUGUACUGAUUUUAUACAUUUUAAAAAAAAAAAGAAAAAGGCCUUGGACUUCGCAGAGAAAUGAUCCUUGCUAGAUCUUGGCCUUUCUCCUGUCCUACUGAAUCUGGAAUUUUUAAUAGUUAAAGCUUCUCAUAAAGCUAUAGCAUAAAAGGCGUUCACUACCUUUUACCAUUAUUAUUUAUUAGGACUUUUUAAAAAAGUUUAUUUGUGCUUUGAGGUAAGUUAAUUAAGUAACUGAAUCAAGUUUCCUUUCUCUUCUCUCUUCCUUCCUUCCUUCCUUCCUUCCUUCUUUCUUUUUAUCCCCCAAAGCUGGUUCAUUGUCCUAAGAAGCAGUAAACUGUUAGGGGCACCGUAGGAAACAGCCCUCCCAGUCUCCUUUCUCACCUCUCCCCACCCCCUCUUUUCUUUGGUAAUAGUAGUAAUGGUUUUAGGUUAUGACUGUUCUUACAUGGCUGAACAAUAAGUUUGGGAGAAGCUGCCCAGAGGGUAGAUUUUGUAAGGUUACAGGAUUUAGAAUGUUGUAAUAAUAUUAGUACACAAGUAAUCCUCCUCAACGCCAGACUUACAGGAGGGCCUUACAUACUCCAGUUACUUUUAUUUGGGAAUAGUUGGAGGUAAUGGCACCGAGUACAUGACAUAUCUCUAAGUUACCUUUAAAAAGUCACUACUUUUCUCUGCAGUGAAUUCAGCAACUCCCUCUUCUCUCCAUUUCAAGGAGUCGCUGGGUUUGGAGGGGGGUUGUUUUUUGUUUUUUUUUAACACCUAUUAAUAUUAAAGGUUACUUUUUUAGAAGAUAAACCCUUACUCAAACAAUAUGGUUACUUUUAAAGUAACCAUCUUGAAAUGGUCUUAAAAUACGAAAACGAAAUACUGAACAUACUGAAUUAAAUCUAGUUGUGCUCUCAUCUGCUAGAAAUUUUAUGACUUCUGCCCAGAGUGGGACCUAGAAAAGUUCGUAGAGCCCAGUUCCAGUAGCCCAGAAGGACAACUCUCAAGGCUGAAGGCAGCCAGGGCUGCUGUGCUGUGUGUCAUGCAUGUGUGUGAGUGUGUGUGUAUGUGUGUGUGUGCAUACAAAGAAACCCGGAACCAUACUCAACAGCCACACCAAUAACUUAAUUGGAACAAGUUCAAGGAAACAGGAUUACUUGGUCCAUCUUACAAUAUUCAUAUUUUAAUUUUACUUUGGUACAGCUGGAAUACCAGAAACACCCUAGAAUAAACUUGGGGAUUUUUCUGUUUCUCAUGAAACCACGGUUAUGGCACAUAUUACUUGUCUCUUAAAUGCUAUUUAAUAAGUCUUGAGUUAUCUGUAGGAAGGUGAUUGCCAUUGGAGAAAUUACUUACCAAGAUAAAUAAUUCUGAGGAAAGGAAAUAUUAGAAUCUAAUGAUUUUAUGUGUAGGUUUUUACAAAUUGGAUUUGAGGGAUGUGUGUGUAUGUGUUAGGUUUUUCUUUGGAUGGUGUUUUUAAGAUUGCUGUAACUAUAUGGAUGGCCCUUCAGACUCCAUUUGCUAAGAAAGUAUUUUGGCACUCACCUUUGUCGAGGAAAAGAUAAUAUUGGAAGAAAGAUAAAAAUAUCUUGAACUGCAGAUAAAACAUUGACUGUCAUAUAAAGUACCAUAAAAUUUCCUGUUAUUUAUAUUAAUAAUGAAAUUCUAUUAGUUACCAAAGUAAUUUACUCAUUGUGAGCAGCUUAAUGGCAACACAUUGAUUUCUGGGCCCAAAAGGUUAGAGAGAACUAUAAUUAAUUGCUUUUUUUGAAAAACGGACACCUGCAAGAUAAGGCAGUUGGAAAGAAUUCAUGUUUAAUCAGGCCUGUUUUAAGUUUGUGGCAUAGUGGAAGAUUCUGGAUGAGAAAAUGCAAACUCUUUUUUGGGAUUCACUUUGGGCUGCAUAUACUUCUUAAAAUGUUAAAAACAAACACAUAUACACAAGCAAAGUGUAACUAAGCAUGAGAGAGCAUGUGUGAAAGUGAAUUUGAAAUACUGAAUGUUUCGUGGUUUAUUUUCCAUUCAGUUUAUCUUAAGAGCUGCUAGGUACCAGUGCCAAUGUAUAGGUUAUUCUCUGAGGAUUUUAUUUCCUUUUUUUAUACAUGUGCAGAUAGCAAGUUGUCUUUGCCAACACACAAUCCUUUGGAAGGCAGAAAGCCACGUUUGAAAUGUGGAGAUCUUAUUGUGAACCCAAGGACAAAAUAGCCUUCGGAGAUGACCACACACCAUUUGUACAACAGAAGUUGGUGUUCCCCAUGCUGGGCAAACAAUGGGACGCCAUCCUGUCUUUGAAUAGGAUGUUAGCUUGGAGUUGGAGAUUUUUAUGUUUAAUUUACAAAUGGAUCUUAGUGAGAAGAAAUCUGAGCAACCAGUGGAAACAAACAUGAAAUAAAAGGAUUUUUAUAAUGAAAGGUUCAGGACAAUCUGUUAAACAAUUGAUAACAGUUAAGAGCAAACUGUUUUUAAAGGCAUUCGAACCAGGAGAAUUGCACAACAUUUCCAAACUGUAAACCAAGAAUUAUUUCUUCACUACCCUUUAACUGUACAUCCUUUUUUAAGUUGAUGUUUAAUCAGAAAUGUGAAUCUUGUGCCUGUUUUUAUAGAUAUGAAGAACAUUUUUGAUGAGAUAUUUAGAGACAUAAUGUUGUCAUUUGGAGCAUUGUGGCAUAUAUUCUGUGAGUAGUGGGUGGGUAGCCAGGGCUGCAUUCUUUAAUUUGAAAAAUAAAUAUGCCAUGGGGUGAUAAACAGGUGCCGGGCAGGCCUUGUAACAGACUAUGAUCAUUGUGUUUCUGUCCUUGGUGUGUAUGUGUUUUCUCUUUUGUAUUCAACUGAGUCCUGAGGAGCUGUCUGGAGGAUUUGUUACUAUGUGACUAAAGUGUGUAAGUCAGGGAUCAGACUUAGCUCAGGUUCUAGGUAGGGGCUGGAGGUGAUUUUCAAGUUGUCAGUCUUCAGCUUGGUGAUUUUUUUUUUUCCUCCUUUGUCAACAACUGAUUGGAACCUGAAUAACUACAAAUUAGUUUAGUGACAGAAGAAACUGUCACAGAUAUCUUUGAAUCAGUUGAAAAUGAAUAAGGUUGACAGGAACUCAGGAGCCUAAUAAGUCUCAGAAUGGUUGCUGGGCCCUCUCUGGAUGAGUAGACAAUAAGAUGCAUAAAAUAUUGGAAAUCAAUAUUUUGCUAUGAAAUUUCAUUAUGCACCGAUGUCUUCAGUUCAUAGUAUUUUAUAUUUUGAUGGAUUAUCUGAAGGCCAUGGCUCCUGGAGAUACCAGAUUGAUAGGAAUUCUUCCACUUCCUUAAAAUUUAAUAAUGAGCAUUCCUAGGUGAUAUUGACUGGUUUGCUGGGGGGAUAGUUUUGAGUUUUGCAGGUAGAAAACAAUUGAUCAACCUCUUUAUGUUUCUUUUUAAGUCCUAGGUGACUCUGUGUGGCCUGGCUCCUGUCUAACCCUGCGCCUUUUGAUGUUUGCAGGAGACACAGAGAAGGGUCAGCCAACUCGCACCACUAAGAGCAAGGAUGCCCACGUCUGUGGCCGGUGCUGUGCGGAGUUCUUUGAGUUGUCAGAUCUUCUGCUCCACAAGAAGAGCUGUACUAAAAACCAAUUAGUUUUAAUCGUCAAUGAGAGUCCUGCCUCCCCACCUGCAACCUUCUCUCCCAGCCCCACUCCCGAUCAUCCCGAAGAACAAAUGAAUGACACCAUUAACAAAACAGAUCAAGGAGAAGGCAGCGACCUUCCAGAAUGCCACGUGCUUGACAGGGAGGAGUCCAUGGAGGUGGAGGCCCCGGGGGCUAACAGAGGCAGCAGGGCCACCCCGAGCUGCAGCACCAGCUGCUCCACAGGUACCUCAACCAUCACAACCUCUCUACCUCAACUUGGGGACCUGACGACGCUGGGCAACUUCUCCGUGAUCAACAGCAACGUGAUCAUCGAGAACCUGCAGAGCACCAAGGUGGCGGUGGCCCAGUUCUCCCAGGAAGCGAGGUGCAGUGGGGCCCCCGGGGGCAAGCUGGCCGUCCCCGCCCUGAUGGAGCAGCUCUUGGCCCUUCAGCAGCAGCAGAUCCACCAGCUGCAGCUGAUUGAGCAGAUUCGCCACCAAAUACUGCUGUUGGCCUCUCAGAACGCAGACUUGCCAACACCUUCUAGUCCUUCUCAAGGGACUUUGCGGACAUCUGCCAACCCCUUGUCCACACUAAGCUCCCAUUUGUCUCAGCAGCUGGCAGCAGCAGCUGGAUUAGCACAGAGCCUCGCUAGCCAGUCUGCCAGCAUCAGCGGUGUGAAACAGCUACCCCCAAUCCAGCUACCUCAGAGCAGCUCUGGCAACGCCAUCGUUCCAUCCGACAGUGGCUCUUCUCCCAACAUUAACAUUUUGGCGGCAGCCAUGACCACCCCGUCCUCGGAAAAAGUGGCUUCAAGCGCUGGUGCCUCCCAUGCCAGCAACCCAGCAGUCUCAGCAUCAUCCUCACCAGCUUUUGCAAUAAGCAGUUUAUUAAGUCCUGCAUCUAAUCCACUUCUACCUCAGCCAGCCCCUGCUAACUCGGUUUUCCCCAGCCCUUUGCCCAACAUCGGAACAACUGCAGAGGAUUUAAAUUCCUUGUCUGCCUUGGCCCAGCAAAGAAAAAGCAAGCCACCAAAUGUCACCGCCUUUGAAGCAAAAGGCACUUCGGAUGAGGCGUUCUUCAAACACAAGUGCAGGUUCUGUGCGAAGGUCUUUGGGAGUGACAGUGCCUUGCAGAUCCACCUGCGCUCCCAUACCGGAGAGAGGCCGUUCAAGUGCAACAUCUGUGGAAACAGGUUCUCCACCAAGGGGAACCUCAAAGUCCACUUUCAGCGUCACAAAGAGAAAUACCCUCAUAUCCAGAUGAACCCCUAUCCCGUGCCUGAGCACUUGGACAAUAUCCCCACUAGUACCGGCAUCCCAUAUGGCAUGUCCAUUCCUCCAGAAAAGCCAGUUACCAGCUGGCUGGACACCAAACCAGUCCUGCCCACUCUGACCACUUCAGUGGGCCUGCCGUUGCCCCCCACCCUCCCGAGCCUCACACCCUUCAUCAAGACAGAAGAGCCAGCCCCAAUCCCUAUCAGCCAUUCUGCCACCAGCCCCCCAGGCUCAGUCAAAAGUGAUUCUGGGAUCCCUGAGCCAGCCACAAGAAGCCUGGGUGGGCUCCCAGAGGAAGCUGAAGGGUCCACUGUGCCACCCUCCAGUGGCAAAAAUGAAGAGAGCAGCAUGGUCACCACCUCGGCCCCAGCAGUGAGCAGUAGCACUCUGAGCUCCCCAGCGGCAGACUGUGGCCCGGGUAGUGCCACCACCUUCACCAACCCUUUGUUGCCACUCAUGUCCGAGCAGUUCAAGGCAAAGUUUCCCUUUGGGGGACUUUUAGACUCAGCCCAGGCAUCGGAGACGUCCAAGCUUCAGCAGCUGGUAGAAAACAUUGACAAGAAGGCCACUGACCCCAACGAGUGCAUCAUCUGCCACCGGGUGCUCAGCUGCCAGAGCGCCUUGAAGAUGCACUACCGGACACACACCGGGGAGAGGCCCUUCAAGUGCAAGAUCUGUGGCCGUGCUUUUACCACGAAAGGGAACCUUAAGACCCAUUACAGUGUCCAUCGUGCUAUGCCCCCCCUCAGAGUCCAGCAUUCCUGCCCCAUCUGCCAGAAGAAGUUCACGAAUGCUGUCGUCCUACAGCAGCACAUUCGAAUGCAUAUGGGAGGCCAGAUCCCCAAUACCCCAGUCCCCGACAGCUACCCUGAGUCCAUGGAGUCUGACACAGGCUCCUUUGAUGAGAAAAAUUUUGACGACCUGGACAACUUCUCUGAUGAAAACAUGGAAGACUGUCCUGAGGGCAGCGUCCCCCAUACGCCCAAGUCCGCGGACGCAUCCCAAGACAGCUUAUCUUCUUCACCUUUGCCCCUCGAGAUGUCAAGCAUUGCUGCUUUGGAAAAUCAGAUGAAGAUGAUCAAUGCCGGCCUGGCAGAGCAGCUGCAGGCUAGCCUGAAGUCGGUGGAGAACGGGUCAGUCGAGGGGGAUGUCCUGACCAAUGACUCAUCCUCAGUGGGUGGUGACAUGGAAAGCCAGAGUGCUGGCAGCCCGGCCAUCUCAGAGUCUACCUCUUCCAUGCAGGCUCUGUCCCCAGCCAACAGCACCCAGGAAUUCCACAAGUCACCCAGCAUGGAGGAGAAGCCACAGAGAGCAAUACCGAGUGAGUUUGCCAAUGGUUUGUCCCCCACCCCAGUGAAUGGUGGGGCUUUGGAUUUGACAUCUAGUCAUGCAGAGAAAAUCAUCAAAGAAGAUUCUCUGGGGAUCCUCUUCCCUUUCAGAGACCGGGGUAAAUUUAAAAACACUGCUUGCGACAUUUGUGGCAAAACAUUUGCUUGUCAGAGUGCCUUGGACAUUCACUAUAGAAGUCAUACCAAAGAGAGACCAUUUAUUUGCACAGUUUGCAAUCGUGGCUUUUCCACAAAGGGUAAUUUGAAGCAGCACAUGUUGACACAUCAGAUGCGAGAUCUACCAUCACAGCUCUUUGAGCCCAGUUCCAACCUCGGCCCCAAUCAGAACUCGGUGGUGAUUCCCGCCAACUCGUUGUCAUCUCUCAUCAAAACAGAGGUCAACGGCUUUGUGCAUGUCACUCCUCAGGACAGUAAGGACUCCUCCACCAGCCACGUCCCUUCUGGGCCUCUGUCAUCUUCCACCACGUCCCCAGGUCUGCUCCCAGCUCUGCCCAGGAGAACUCCCAAACAGCACUACUGUAACACAUGUGGCAAAACCUUCUCCUCAUCAAGCGCCCUGCAGAUUCACGAGAGAACUCACACUGGAGAGAAACCCUUUGCUUGCACUAUCUGUGGGAGAGCUUUCACAACAAAAGGCAAUCUGAAGGUACACAUGGGCACUCACAUGUGGAAUAGCACCCCAGCACGACGGGGCCGGCGGCUCUCUGUGGAUGGCCCCAUGACAUUUCUAGGUGGCAAUCCCAUCAAGUUCCCAGAAAUGUUCCAGAAGGAUUUGGCGGCAAGGUCAGGAAGUGGGGAUCCUUCCAGUUUCUGGAAUCAGUAUGCAGCAGCACUCUCCAAUGGGCUGGCGAUGAAGGCCAAUGAGAUCUCCGUCAUUCAGAAUGGUGGCAUCCCUCCAAUUCCUGGAAGCCUCGGCAGUGGGAGCAGCUCACCUAUUAGUGGGCUGACGGGAAAUCUGGAGAAGCUCCAGAACUCAGAGCCCAAUGCUCCUCUGGCGGGCCUGGAGAAAAUGGCCAGCAGCGAGAACGGAACUAACUUCCGUUUCACCCGCUUCGUGGAGGACAGCAAAGAGAUUGUCACUAGUUAAAGCAGCUCUGGCUGGAGGAAUGGCAUUCCUGUUCAGAAUGACACCCAUGGUUGCCUCCUAGUCCUUGCCCCUUCCAUCCCCCCACCUUCUGGUUCCCCCAGAUCUCUGAACUACAACAUUAUGAAGACAUUCUUUUGUACCUUGUUUAACUUCUAGAGUUAUAAGAAAGCUUAUUUAUUAGUGAUAUAACCUUGCUUUGCAAACAAUGCAAGCAUUAACUUUGGUCUUCUGUAUUUUGAACUAAAUACUAAUUGACUAGAGUGCUGUAAACUUGCUGUAACAUUUAUGGCAAUUUCAAGUUGCCCUGCUAGGCGGUCUUAAUCUGGCAUUAACUUAUUUUCUAUUUCCAGUUUAAUAUGAAUCUGGUGUUGAUGCAAUGCCUCAGUGAUGCAUUAGGUCCCUAAUAAAGUCUGUAUAUAAAUGUACACUUUGAUCCUGCUGGAAAAUUUUAUCAGCAAAUACAUUGUCUAAUCUUUUGAAACAAAUAUAAGGAAAGGACUGAAAGUACAGACUGAACAGUGGUUCUUUGAAAGGUUUGGGUUUUUUUAAUUUUUAUUCUAAAUUUCAACCCUUUUUUUUUGUUUUUGUAGGUUUUAACCAUUUCCGUUUUGAACUGUUAUUUGUAUUGUGCUUUUUACUUGUUGUACUCAAUGUUAAUAAGUUUCUGUACAGUAAUAAGCACGCAGAAUUCUUUAGAGAAAAUACAAGUGUUGUUUUGGUAGUUGAAACUGAGACGUAACAUUUUGCCUUGUAGGUAUAUUCACAGUAGAAAAUGUGUGCUGGAAUUUCACAAUGCUGCUAAGUAUAGCAUCUUGAACAACCUUCAGUGGAGAAAAUGUAGAUGCUCUUGUGUAUAUACAAUAAGAAAUAUCACUUUGAUUAAAAUGUACAUAUGUUCCUUA